UUACCGUAGUCACCAGUGACGCCAUUUCAUAAAGUUUAAAAAAAUAUCUAAAUCAUGCCACCCAAGAAAGGUAAAAAGGGAAAAGGAAAGAAAGGAAAGAAGGGUGGAAAAGGAGACAAAGAUGAUGGGGCAGGAGAAGGACAAGAAAAGCCCAGAACUCCAGAACCAUCAGAGAAAGAAGUCAUAUUACAACAAGAACUGGAAAAAGUUACAAAUGAACUGGAAACAAACAGAGCUAGAGUACAAGAACUGCGUAAAGAACAUGAAUGGUUACAGCAGGAAGCUAACAGAGUUAAAAUGGAAAGUCAUGAGUACAUGAGUUAUAUGGAUACAAAGGAAACCAUGAGAAAGACGGCCAUUAUAACACUCAGUGACCACUACAAACAUGAGAUUCAGGACAUACAAGAUGAGAAAAGUCUCAUGGAACUAGAAUUUAAUGAGAAAAAGGAAGCACUACAAAAACUUUUGAUGGAGAAAGAAAAUACAUUGAAGAAAACAACAGAAGAACUUUCACAGCUUCAAGAAUAUAAGGAUUUACAAGAUGAACAAUUGUCCAAGAUAAAAAGUCUUGAAGCUGAGGUAAUGCAGAUGAGAGCCAAACAUUCAGACACAAUACAACAAGUUAAAUCUACAUUCCUUAAGGACAAGAAAGAGUAUGAAGAAGAUUCCAGGGAGAAGAUUAACACAUUGGAGAGAUUAGCUAAUAAGGAAGCUAUUCAAUGUUUAACAGAUCACACUAAUAGAAUUAAGACAGAAAAUAGACAGCUAAGGAAGGAAUUACUGGAUCUAAUUAAUAUUACCCGAGCUUACAAAGCUCAUCAACUGGAUCUCCAGGAGCAGAAGAAACAGUUAGUCAGGGAACAACAGUAUGCUGGUGAUUUAAAAACUCUCAGGACAACAAGGCAACAUAAAGUGUUGAAAAAAUUUGGAAUGUUAACAGACAAUACAGACUCAUCAGAGAAUGAAGGAACAACAAGUUGAAUCUUAAUAUAGAUCUGAGAUUUAUAUGGCGAAAAUUUUUUUUUUUAUAAUUUAUGCAUUUGAAAUUGUUUUAUGUAUUACAAAUGUAUACGAUAUUGUCAUCAAUGCAUUGAUAGUGUUUCAAUAUUGACAUCCAUGCAUGGAUAGUGUUACGAUAUUGACAUCCAUGCAUGGAUAGUGUUACAAUAUUGACAUCCAUGCAUUGAUAGAAUAUUGACAUCCAUGCAUUGAUAGAAUAUUGACAUCCAUGCAUUGAUAGUGUUACGAUAUUGACAUCCAUGCAUUGAUAGUGUUACAAUAUUGACACCCAUACAUUGAUAGCGUUACAAUAUUGACAUCCAUGUAUUGAAAGUGUUACAAUAUUGACAUCUAUACAUUGAUAGUGUUACAAUGUUGACAUCCAUGCAUUGAUAGAAUAUUGACACCCAUACAUUGAUAGUGUUACAAUUUGUUAACAUGUUGUUCUAUUGGUUAUACAUUGUUUGCAAUAGUUACUGAAGAUGUAUGAUAAAUAAGUAUGCCAACUUGGUUACAAUGAACUAACAGGGCAUAUAAAAACAUUUAUUAUAUACAAUCUGUGAAAAGAAUUAUAUUCAAACAAAUAAAAAAUAAAGAAUAUAACUUAUUGGAUUUAAA